UAACGCUCAAACCCCUUUUAUUAACUCCUUACACCUUCCAGACUCUUUACACCAAAACCUGGAAUAAAAAUUUCAUCACCAUGAAAGAAGAAAAUUAUCAAAUCGUGCGUGCGGCACCCCGUAGAAGAGAUGAAGAGUACGCAGCAGCAGUUAAACAAGGGAAACCCUUCCGCAAAGAGAAGAGCAGUAAGUGUCUCGUGUAUUUUCUGGUCCUAAUCGUCUCUCUGGGUGCAAUUGUUUUAAUUUUGGCAUCAAUUUUCUUGCGUGCCAAGACUCCUGAAUUUGAAAUAAAAUCAGUCAUGGUAAACCGUCUAACUCAUGGCAACGCAUCCUCGCCUUCGUUUAAUGCAACGCUAGUCGCUGAGUUGACGAUGGAGAACAACAACUUUGGUUCUUUCAAAUUCCAGAAUGGCUCUGGGAGCCUGUGGUAUGGUAUAGUUACAGUUGGUGACAUGAAGAUCGGCGAGGGGCUGGUGAGAGCUCGGGAGACAAAGACGAUGAAGAUUAAUAUUCAAGUGGGAUCAAACGGGGUGUUGAAUAAUACAAAUUUGACAAGUGAUAUAAAUUCUGGGAUGUUGAAGCUAAGUAGCCAUGCGGAAUUGCAUGGCAGAGUGAACUUGUUUAAUUUUGUGAAGAAGAAGAAGAGCCCGGAGAUGAGUUGUUCCAUGACUUUAAAUUUAACAAGUCAUGCUGCACAGGAUUUAGUCUGUAACUAAUUUUUUUUUCCCCCCUAUUUCUUAUACUCAGUUUUGAUUUGAGAGUUGAAUUUUUUUUAAAUAUUUUUGUAUACAUAUCGAUCUUAUUUUAUUCAUUCUAUCGUUGU